AUGCCGUGUUUGGGCUACUGUACUCGGGAAGAAAGCGGCGAUGAGGGCGAGGUCGAGCGGUGGCUGCAGAGUCGCUGUGGAGGGCUUCCAGGUUGGUUGAGCCCGGCGCAAGUGCCGUCUAUGCUGAGUUGCACACAUUGCAGCACCCCGCUAGUGUUCUUGUGUCAGAUUUAUAGUCCCAGUGAGAACGGCUUCCACCGCAUGAUUUACGUCCUGAGCUGCUGGUCCUGCGGCAAGGAUGUGCGAGCAUACCGCGCGCUGGCACCGCAACUCAACGAAUGGCUGCCACCACGGCCCCAAGACGACACCGGCCACAUCGAGCGCUUGACCCUGCAACUCAAGACCUCGUGCUGCCGCCUGUGUCUCUUGCCUGCAACCCAGGAAACGCAAGCGACGCAGGAAACAACAGCGACGCGUAGGCAGCCCCAGGCGCAGGGAGCGCCGCUACACCUGCGGUGUCAGAACUACUUGGCCGGAUACCUCGACCAAAGCCCGGUGCUACCGCGGUCGGACAUUUGGAUCGAAGAAGAAGUUCCACAAAAGUGCCUAAUCACGGAGGAGCCGGAGACGGAAAAACCAGAUACGAAAGAUCCGGAGACGGAACCGGAUAAUCAUAUGGACGUGCUGGCAAAGGUCGAAACCGGCGUGGCUCUGGAACAGAAUGCGUCUCCAGUUUCCGCUGAUUCGGAUGACGCGGCGUUGGAAGACGAUGCGGCGUUGGAAGACGAUGCGGCGUUGGAAGACGAUGGUGAGCACCCGGUUGUGGGGCCCGUGCGAGAGAUGAACAAGGUGCCGGAGAUUAACCAGGACGCGGUCCUGGACGCAUACAUCAACUACAUGGAGUCUAUGCCCAGCCACGUGAUCCGGUACGGGGCCGGCUGUCCGUUGUGGUUUUGUUCGCAGGAUGUUUGCACGGCCGUCCCGGCAUGUGAAGCGUGUGGGGCGCCGCGAAGGUUCGAAUUUCAGGUGCAGUCAUCGCUCCUUGACAGCUUGAAUGUGCUCACCAACCUGGAACUGGCCUUUGGCAUCCUCGCAGUAUAUACUUGCUCGAAUGAUUGUGACUCCCAAGGCCUAGUUUCUGAAUUCGUUCACAAGCAAAGAGACCCUACAGUGGACGUUAAGAUUCAGCUCCGGGAAAUUGACCAGUAG